AUGUCGACAAGUUCUGCUAUUGGCAUUGACUUAGGCACAACUUUCUCUUGUGUCGGUGUUUUCCAAAACAACAGGGUGGAGAUCAUAGCCAAUGAUCAGGGCAACCGCACAACGCCGAGCUGUUGUGUGGUGUAA